GUUAUUUUUGUAGUUAUUUUUAUGAGCUAUAUGUUUUAUCCCAACUAAACACAGGACGAUUUUAGAAUGUCAUCGGAUCAUCUGAAUGAUGCCAGCGAGUCUGAGAAGCCCCUCUGCUCAUCGGAUGAAUGCAGUGAUAACGCGGCGGCGUUUGUGAGGGAAGAACCGACUCAACCGAACUCUUUACUUUUUACUCUUUCUCUGAGUUGUUGGGAAGAAAGCAUGCCAGAAAAACACAGCUUCAGUCUGGAUAUGCUGAGUGAGGAGCUGGAGAGACAAACCAAGCAGACACAAAAGCUUCAAGAAGAAGUUGAACAGGCCACCAGACUGACUUGGGAGAGGAUGGGCCAUGCCUUUAACAACACAGAGACACCAGUAAACUGCAGUUCUACGAAAAGUGGAACAUCAGAAACAUCCCCUGAACAUGGCCUGUCCACACAACAGUGUGUCCUUCGACCUGUUAUAAACAAUGUGGAUGUGAACAUAGCAAGAUGUUUGAACUUUCCAGGAAAAGAUGUUCUCGAGCAGGCUAUAGAGGAGUAUUCUCAGCAGGUCUCUGACCUUCAAAGGCAGCUAAGAGAGACAUAUGAGCUGCAUGAGCAGCAGAAAUUUCAUUUCCGUCAGUCCAUCAUCCAGUUACAGACAAAACUGCACGAGAGCCAAAUUGAGAAAGAUGCUUUGAUAGACUUAAGGAUGGAGGAAUCUAGAAAGCAGUCUGAGCUAAUGGAGCAGCUACAGGGGGCUCUACAAGAGCUGGACUCAUUAAAGCAGACAGGAGAGCAGAAGCUGAUGGAAGCUGAGGACAAAGCAAAGGCUUUCAGCAAGAGAGCUGAGACCAUGGAGGAAAUGCUGCAGGACAUGUUCCUCAGGCUUUCACACUAUGAAAAGCGCAGUGGAAAGGGCAACUAUCUUCUCUGUGAUGGCACCUUUAGCCCUAGCAAGCUUCUGCUGGGACCUGCAGUGGAGAAAGCACUACAAGACCUUGAGAAUGAGAACUGUGGCCUUCAGGAGCAACUACAACUGAUGGAGAGGCAGUUGGAAGACCUUGAGAAAAAGGAUCAGGGGAGAACAGAAUGUCUUCUACAUGAGCAGAAAAAGAAAAUGAAGCAGCUCAUUACCAGUCAUGACCAAGAGAUGGCGGUGUUGACCGAGAAACUGAGUAGUUCUGAGAGUAAUGCAGCCAAUCUGCAGCUCCAGGUGGAAUUAUUGCAAGAACAGGUUGAAAGCCAGACUUCCCAGCACAAGUCCCAGAUAAGCAAUCUGAAGUCUUCUCUAUCCAUGCUGCACUCAGAACUGCUGGAGAAACAGCAGACCUACGAGGCAAAAGUCAGUGCGCUGGAGGAGUCGCUCACUCAGGCUCACUCACGGGAAGACCAGGCGCAGAGAGAGAGAGACCUCUCCCUCCAGCAAGCCGAGGAACUAGACGCCCAGCUCUGUCGGCUUAUGAAAGAACUGCGUCAGACUGCAGAGGAGCUCUCUGUGGAGCGCAAGCAGAUGCAGCAGCUGUGGGAGAGGGACACAGGCCUUGGCCUCACUGUCCAAAGCCUAAGGCAUGAGCUGGAGCAGCGCAGCCUGGGCAUCCAUCAACUCGAGAGCCUUGUCCACUCCCUCAAAGAGCAGUGCCAAAAAUAUGAGGACACACAGGAGCAGAGCAGCCAGGAGGCCAAACGGCUCCAGGCUGCACUGGACAUGCAGGAGAGGGAGCUCAGUCUCCAGCAGCAGGAGGCGCAGGAAACCCGGGUGCAACUGGAGGAGGCGCAGGGCAGGGUGCAGACGCUGUGGGCCGAAAUGGAGGUGCUGCGGAUGAAGCUGCAGGAAGGGGAGAACAGCACUGACUUGAUGAGAAAGCCUCUGGAGGCCCUGCAGGAGGAGAGGAGAGGCCUGGACAAGCAGCUAGAGCAGCUCAGGCUUGACAACCAGCAGCUAAAGUCUGCCCUGCAGGAGGCAGAAGUGAGGCUGAGUGCUGUGGAGAAAGAUAAGAUUCAGCAGCAGGCAGCGCUGUCAGAGAGAACCCACAGCCUCCAUCAGCUAACGCUGGAAAAACAGCAGGUGACUGCUGAGCUAGAGGAGCAGCGUGUGAAGCUGGGCAAGCUCAAAGAAGAGCAGGAGGCUUUAAGAGAGCAGCACAGCAGGACAACUAAAGAGCUGCAAGAGCAGAACAGCAAGCUCAGAUCCCAGCUUAAUAACACCCAAGCAAGCCUGGAGCUGGCCAAGAGCACCCUCAGAACACUGGAAGGAGCUGAUGGACAUGGGUUGAAGGUAGCCUUGGGCAUGCAGAAGCAGAUCACAGCAAAGCGAGAGCAGAUUGAUUUUCUCCAGAGCCGUGUACAGAUGUUGGAGGAGACCACGGAGAAGCUUGCUCAGGAGAAGCGGUACCAGGCGAUGGAGAGCAAGCGUCGUAUGCAGGAGCUGCGUUUUGAGAUGGAGAGCAGGAGGAGGUUGGAGACUGAGCUGGACACUCUGCGUACAAAUGAGAAACUCCUGAAGAGCAAAGCUGAGAGACUGGACAUAGCCCUGCACAAGAUGUCAGACAGCUUUGCAGAGUGCCAAGAGUACAUUCAGAAGCAAGAACAAGAGAUCAUGAGACUGAAGCUCCAGCACGCUCUGGAGGUGAAGGAGUUGCAAGGCCAGAAUUUACGAGCUACAGGCAACAUCCAUAGGUCCCCCAUCACCAGCCCUACAGUGCCAGAACACCUGCCCACCCUCCAGACUAACUCCUCCAGCCAAAGAGAGUUAAACACUGGUAGCCAGAGGCCUAGCCCCACACUGGAGCGGCGAAGCCUGGUAAAGGAGCUGCACAGUGUAAUCAAUGAUGAGCAGGGCCCUCGUGCAAAGACAAGGUCUGAGGAAACCCACAGGAUCAGAAAUGAGCAGGGUCUUCUCCGAACCUCUGACCUUGAAAAACAGGACGUGAACAGUGCUUUUUCAGCUAACAAUGAAGAUCCAGGACUGAGAGCAGCUCAGCCUUGCUACAGAUCUGUAUCUUGUGUGGCAGCCCUGGGACGGAAAUCUCCAGUCCACUCCCUCUUAACCUCUGACCUCCCCAUUGACCUCUAUGAGAGCCUGAAGGAGGAAAGCCCCACCAGUGCUGCCCAUAUAUCUGCCAAGAACCCAGAUGAGCUAACAGCACAGACAUGCAAAGAGCUACAGAGCAAGCUAAGCAAUCUCCAGAACCAUGUGGAGGAUCUUCAAAAAAAAAAUCAAGAAAUGGCCUCUAUGAUAAAAACCCAAGAGAAGAGAGUGAGGAGAGUCAAAGACAGAAAAGAACCUCUGAAAAGAUAAGCUUCUGGACCAAGUAUGACUGUUGCAAAUAAAGGCUUUUUAAAAUAA